UAAAUACAAAAUGAUUCAUAAAAAAUGUAAUGCGAGCUGAGACUAAACCCAGUUUAUGGAGGGACCCAUCUUCAGAAUAGAGAUAGGCUUCUCUCCGAUCCGAGAUAAGAUUAGAGCAUGUUGUGUUAUUGGGUCUAUGGGGACUCAUCAUGAGUCUUGUUUCGAUGAUACGAACUGUUUGAUGUGUAGAACCCAUCGAAUACUUUAUUUUAACAAAAAAUCGUGUUAAUCGGAUACCGAUAACGACGUGAUUAAAUCAUAUUUCUGUCAACGGUAAAUAUGAUUUUUAAAAUAAAUUAUUGAUAAAAAUUUAAUCCGAUCAAAUAGCUAUUCGAUAUCCAAUCAACAUAAUUUUUUGCAGGCAUAAAAUAAUCAACCAACUCUACAUAUUUUACGGUUAAGAUUAUCGAAACAAGACCGGUAAUGAGUCUCAUAAGCCCAAACAGCACGGUCUAGUCUACUAUGUAGGCUGAAGAGAAUCUGAAUAAAUGACUAUAUCUGUAUUUUAAUCUUGUGUUCUUAACAUUAGUUUUUGCCUUGACCGACUCUUCUUCAUCUGACCGUCCCAUUCGUUUCGCUUCCUCCUCCUUCCUCUCCCCACUCUUACUCUUCAUUGUUUUGCUUACUCUUUGACACUCAGUCACUGCCGUGCCAAAGUAAACUUCCUCGGACUCUGAUCGUCCCAACCCACUAGCCCAAAGGUCAAGUUGAUACUCCAUAGCCUCUUUCAGUUCACUGCCUUAUGGGUGAUUGUGGUUCUCACAUUUGUUCCCAAUGAGAAUUCUUCUACUCUUUUCAUGGCUUUUCUUGAUACCCUUCUUCGCAAUCUUGAUUGGCAAAGACAGAGUAUUGGUCUCUGGCCAAUGUCUCAACGAUCAGAGCUCAUUGUUGCUCCAAUUGAAGAACAACCUCAGAUACAAUUCAACAGUUUCUGUCAAGUUGGUAAAUUGGACUCAAACAACUGAUUGUUGCUGUUGGAAGGGCGUUACUUGCGACAAAGAGGGUCAUGUUACUGGUCUCGACUUGAACAGCGAAUCAAUCUCAGGUGGAAUCAACCACUUGAGUAGUCUUUUCAGUCUCCAAUUUCUGCAAAACCUGAAUUUGGCUUACAAUAACUUCAAGUUCACACAAAUUCCACCCAGUUUUGGAAACCUUACCAGACUGACACAUCUGAAUUUAUCAAAUGCAAAUUUUGCUGGGCAAAUUCCGAUUGUAUUGUCGCGCAUGACAACGUUGGUUACUCUUGAUCUAUCUACCCUGUACUUCCCUGGAGCACCUUCACUGAAACUUGAGAACCCAAAUUUAUUAAAGCUCGUUCAAAACCUCACGGGGCUAAAAACACUCCUACUUGAUGGGGUAAAUAUUUCGGCCCAGGCAAGCCAGUGGUGUGAGGCCAUUUCGUCUUCACUACCUAAUCUGCAAGUCUUGAGCUUGUCCAAUUGCAAUCUUUCAGGUCCUAUUGAUUCUUCUCUCCAGAAACUUCAGUUUCUUUCCGACAUCCGACUUGGUCAAAACAAUCUCUCUGCCCGAGUUCCGGAGUUCUUCGCAGAUUUGCCGAAUUUGAGAUCCUUGCAUCUCUGUUCUUCCAACUUGCAUGGAAAAUUUCCGGAAAAGAUAUUCCAAGUAUUGACAUUGGAGGCUCUGGACUUGUCGUACAAUAGAUUACUUCAAGGGUUCUUGCCACAGUUUCCUCCAAAUGGAUCCCUUCACACCCUGGUGCUUAGCAACACAAAUUUUUCUGGGACAUUACCAGAUUCUGUUGGUAACCUGAAGAUGCUGUCUAGAAUGGAGCUUCCAGGCUGCAAUUUCAGCGGACUAAUUCCGAAUACCACGGCAAACCUUACUCAACUUGUUUAUUUGGACUUGUCAUUCAACAGUUUUACUGGUACAAUCCCAUCCUUUCAAAUGUCCAAGAAUAUCACAUACAUAGACCUAUCUCAUAAUGCUCUAACAGGUCAGGUUCCUUCCACUCACUUUCAAGGCCUUUCAAAUCUUCUAAAUAUUGAUUUAGCGCACAAUUCAUUCAAUGGGAGAAUUCCUUUGUCUUUGUUUUCACUACCAUUGCUACAAAAAAUUCAGCUUUCCAAUAACCAAUUUGAUGGUCCAGUUAUUGGAUUUUCUAACCAAUCCUUGCCUUCAUUGGAUACACUGGAUUUGAGUAGAAACAAAUUACAAGGGUCAAUUCCCUCAUCUUUCUUUGAACUUCGAAGUCUAAAUGUCCUCUCGCUUUCUUUCAACAACUUCAGUGGCACCAUACAGUUAGAAAUGAUCCAGAGGCUCCAAAAUCUCACAAGACUUGAGCUUUCAUACAAUAGAUUGUCAAUUAAUGCAAGUGACAGUAAGUCUAGCUUGUCUUCCUUCCCCCAGCUCGGCAUAUUAAAAAUGGCUUCUUGCAAGCUGCGAAGAUUUCCUGAGCUACAGAACCAAUCAAGAAUGAUUAAUUUGGACCUCUCAGCCAACCAAAUUUCAGGGACAAUACCAAACUGGAUUUGGAAAAUUGGAUCUCUGGUGCAGUUGAAUCUCUCCCAUAAUCUCCUGGUAGAUUUGGAAAAACCAUAUAAAUUUCCUAGUCUUUCUGUCCUUGACCUGCAGUCUAACCAACUUCAUGGGGAAAUUCCAAUACCACCAGAGUCUAUUACCUAUGUGGAUUACUCGAGCAAUAAUUUCAACUCUUCUAUACCUGCUAAAAUUGGCAACAUGCUCACCUAUGCUUAUUUCUUCUCUCUUUCAAGUAAUAGCCUCACAGGAACCAUCCCCAAAUCAGUAUGCAAUGCAAGGUUACUCAAUGUUCUUGAUUUAUCCAAUAAUAGUUUCAGUGGCACAAUACCUCCAUGCUUGAUUGAAAGGAGUACUGAGACUCUUGGGGUGCUGAAUUUGAGAAAUAACAAUCUUGGUGGUAAGAUCUUGGGGACAUUUCCGAAAAGUUGUGCUUUGGAGACACUAGACAUCAGUAGGAAUCAUUUGGAAGGGCAGGUUCCCAAAUCUCUUGCCAAUUGCACAGUGUUAGAGGUUUUAAAUGUUGGUAACAAUGAGAUAACUGAUAGUUUCCCGUGCUUCUUGGGGAACUUAGCUAGCUUGCGUGUAUUAGUUUUGCGAUCCAACAAGUUCCACGGAGGCAUUCGCAUUUGUCGACUAGGCCAUUAUAUGUGGCUAAAGCUUCAAAUCAUUGACCUAGCUUCGAAUAACUUUAGAGGUGAUCUACCAGAUAAAGUCUUCACACAUUGGACAGCAAUGACUGUCGCUGAUCAUAAUGCAAAAUCAAAUUUCAGUCACCUGAAGUUUGAGUUCCUAAAACUUAAUGGCUUCUACUAUCAAGAUACUGUGACACUCAACAAUAAAGGGAUGGAGAUGGAGCUAGUGAAAAUUUUAACUAUUUUUACCUCCAUUGAUAUCUCGAACAACAAUUUCCAAGGGGUGAUACCAAAUAGAGUUGGGGAUCUCAAAUCUCUGUAUGUUCUUAACGCAUCGCGCAAUGCCCUCACGGGUCCAAUUCCAUCAUCAAUUGGGAACUUGGCACAGCUUGGAUCAUUAGACCUUUCACAGAACAGGCUAAGUGGGAGCAUCCCAAUGCAACUUGCAAGCCUUACAUUUCUUUCAUUCCUGAACCUGUCGUAUAAUCAAUUAGUCGGAAUGAUCCCAACAGGCUCUCAAAUUCAAACAUUUUCAGACACUUCCUUUAAAGGAAACAAGGGAUUAUGUGGGUAUCCUUUGAACAUCAGUUGCAACAAUGCCUCACCGGUACCAUCACCAGCACCAAGCUCUAACAAGUCAGGUUCUUUUGUGGUGAAAAAGUUCAAUUGGCAAUUCAUAUUUACAGGGUUGGGGUUCGGGAUAGGAGCAGGAGUCAUUAUUGGGCCUCUUAUGUUCUGGAAGCAAGGGAGCAAAUGGUGCAACAAACACAUUGAGAGGUUCGCUCAGCUGAUUCUUCCAAGUUUGGGUUUCAUUUUUGCUUGGUGUGAUUAUGUGCAGGAUGAGCCAAAGGGUAACAUUGAAGAAGAAAACCAAGACGACAAAGAAGAGUCUGAUGAAGAUGAAGAUGAAAACGCGAGAGAAGAUAAGGCAUUUUCCGGGCUAUAUUGUGUGUUUUGUUCCAAACUUGAUAUCCAUGUGAAGAAAGGCAUACACAACCCGAAAUGCAAUUGUCAUCAUGACUCACCAUCCAUUUCUUCCUUGUCACUCUCUCCUCCUUCAUAGUUACAAUUAUCAAAUUUUUGGAUUGUGGUUUUUUUUUUUUCUCUUCUUUUCCCUGUACAUUUUAUUUGUCGC